UGUUUCGCUUAGGAAAUAUUAUUGUUCCGUAAGGAUCGCUGAGUCACGAGCUCGAAUUCCUAGAACAUCUGAAUCGGUCACUAAGGAAAUAUUGGCUGAGGUACAAUUUUCUCCUAAUUUCCUGUUGAUAAAUAAGACGUUCGUAAUACCAGAAAAAGACCUGUCAUGGUCUUACCGCAUUUUCGCGGAAUAAUUGUCGCCAUUGUGUCUCGAACUCGUCUCGAUUCGCGCAGUAUUUUCCCCAAAGUUGCAUAAAUCAUGCUUAGAACACGUGAUUCACACGUACUUUCCUCCUAGUUCCAUUUAGUCCAAUUGUUAUUGGAAUUUCUCGCGGCAUCACGCGUUCAAAAUUAUGCAGCAUUUCGGUGGAAAGCAAGCUUGGAUUGCAUUUCGCUGAACGCUUAUUGAAAUUUCUUACAUAGCGUAGACCAUGCGCAAAUAAGGAAAAAUUUUUGCAUACGUCGAAAUAUUCGCGUCACGUGUCGAAAACGGAAGAUUCCGACUUUCCUUCACCUACGUAAAAUGAUAUCGGACUUCUUAGAUCCACGAAUUUCCUUGCACGUGAUAAACGUAUGCCGUGGACGCUGCGUGAUAAAAUGAUGAUAGAGGUCAUGAACGAUCGGGGGUAAUGUGAACUGAUCUCUAGGUUCUAUAACUAAAUCGGCACACGCAAGCUCUUAACGUAACUCAAUUGAGAAGAGAGCUUCGAAUCGUCUAGAAACAGUCGUACUCCGGUUUAGAGGAUCCUCGUUCCAAAAGCAUUAGUGCCAAGAAGAAAGCGUGCGUAAAGAAUCAUCAAUGAAAUUCAAGUCUCCAACUGAAACCAGUAGAUGGUGCAGCGAUACCGAAUCGAUACGAACUGAAAUGGUGACACGCGUCGAGCAGUUCUAUCUGUUUUCCUACUCGUGGCGCUACAUGCUAUAGUGACAGACAUCAUUUAUCGCAUCGACACAAUAUGGCGUUUACACUGUGGACACUUUUCGAAGCGACGGUUUUGUGCUUGAAUGCGAUUUGUGUCUUGAACGAGAAAAGGUUUCUUGCCAAAGUUGGUUGGGCAACAUGGCAAAAUGUUCAAGGUUUCGACGAACCUCCUUCAUUUAAAUUACAAGUGUUGGAUCUUAUUUGGUCGAUACGAACAGUGGCGCGAGUUCCAUUGAUAUUUCUAAAUAUCAUAAUAAUGAUAGUGAAACUGGUGCUCGGGUAAUAGGAACAAUUAAAAGUGUAAAUAAAGGACUGUGCACUGUGAAAA